AUGCUUUGCAGCACGACCAUCAAGUCUACUCACUACGCCCCCUUGGUUACUAAUACCGGCCUUGUCGACGCGGUGAACCUCGUCAACAUUGAUCCGGACAGCUCGCUGUCCGUGCCGCACGAGCCAAUCAUAUGGCGGAUCGAUGCCCAGCGCCUCCCGGGCUACCACAUCAUUAAGUGGCAACCAAUCCUUCUCGGCGACUCAUUGGCAGGAGCUGAUGCAGGAUACAUUUCGACGGCUCAGUGCACAAGGCUCGUACCCCACGUCGCGACGACCGCAGACCAUGAGGUGCGGGGACCAUACGCCGACGACGAUGAGCGUGAGUGCGGAGGAGGCGCGGAAUGGAUCCUACCGGGAUUCAUGCAGCUUGCAGGGACGCCAUCAUACCGAUUAAGUGAAUUACUAAUUUUCAUGGGUGGCGUACUGUGCCUACACUGA